UUCAAUAGUAGGCUCGUGCAUGAGGCGCGCAUGCUGUACGUGCACACUCCUUAACGAAAAUAACAGCUGAGACAGUCCCUUGUGUGUGUGUGUGUGUGUGUGUGUGUGUGUGUGUGUGUGUGUGUGUGUGUCCUAACAUUUCUCUCGGUGUGGGUUCCCAUGGGUGGGAGCACACCCACCUAAGGAGGUCCAAAAUCCAAGUGGGGCCCAAAAUGGUGGACCCCACUCCGAUUUCAAUUAAAAUGAGCUCAGCAGCCUCCCCUGAUGCUACCAUUGCUUUUUUUUUCAUGUCAAAAAAUUGUCCCCUAAGGUAGCAAAAAGUGGGCAAGUGUGUAAAGGUGUGUAUCCUGCAGCCGACCGUAACCGGAAGUCAGGAUAUACACUUCCCGCAAAAUCUUAUACACACCGCGGGAGUCUGAAACCUUUGGCCAAUGACAUUGCUGCACUGAGGAAAACUACCGGAAGUUCACAACAAGAAGAAAACAACACGGAUUGAAGACAAAAAGACGACGGAGUGAUUGGAUUAUUUUGAAUAUUUUUACAUUUACCGACCUCUGCAUGCAGCAGAGCCAUUAUGUCCACAAGAAAGAGGAGGAAAAAGCCUAUAGAUGAUGCAAAGACACACAUCCUGUCCUGUACUGACAAGGUUGGGUUUAUGUCGAGAUACAUUGACGGUUACAAAGGAAGAGGAGUGUUUGCCACACACCCCAUUGAACCAGGGGACUUCGUCUUGGAGUACAGGGGUAAACUCCUCACAAAGGAAGAAUGCGAGUCAAGACGAUACUCAGAGACUGAAAGCAAAUUUCUCUUUGGCUUUAAGUGGCAGAACCAUUGCUUAUGCCUGGAUGCAUCUGAAGAAGAUGGCUCUCUCGGAAGAUUGGUCAAUGACAACCACAAAAAUCCUAAUUGCGUUAUGAAAAAAAUCAUAGUUGACAACAAACCACAUUUGUGCCUUUUUUCUCUGAAGAAAAUAGAAAUAGGAGCUGAAAUUUAUUACAACUAUGGUGAUUCAAAAUGGCCUUGGCGCAGUAAGGUGGGAAAAAACAAUGCUCCUGCAGCAGCAAAAGAGAACCUAUUGGGUGGGGAAGGCCAGAUGAAAGGCCUUCAGACUCCUGCUGCAGCAGAAGAGAAUGAGGCCAGUCCUGUUCCUCAGAUGUUUAAUGAUGGACCAAUCCCAGAUGAGACCUACACACAGAUGAAAGGCCUUCAGACUCCUGCUGCAGCAGAAGAGAAUGAGGCCAGCCCUGUUCCUCAGAUGCUUAAUGAUGGACCAAUCCCAGAUGAGACCUACACACAGAUGAAAGGCCUUCAGACUCCUGCUGCAGCAGAAGAGAAUGAGGCCAGCCCUGUUCCUCAGAUGCUUAAUGAUGGACCAAUCCCAGAUGAGACCUACACACAGAUGAAAGGCCUUCAGACUCCUGCUGCAGCAGAAGAGAAUGAAGCCAGUCCUGUUCCUCAGAUGCUUAAUGAUGGACCAAUCCCAGAUGAGACCUACACACAGACCAUUCACAUGGAGGGACCUUUAGCAGAGGACAUUGAAGAUGUCUGUGUGCUAGGUGACAAGGGGUCAGACGAUGAGGUCAGCAUGUCAUCCAGGCAAGAAUGUACCUCCAUAUCAGAAAGUCAAAACCAAAGAGUGUCUGCAACAGAUGUCAGUAUGCCAGAAGAGGGGUCAGAACAUGAGGUCAGCAUGUCAGCCCUGCAAGAAUGUACCUCCACGCCACAAGUCCAAAACCAGACUGUCUCUGCAAAAAAGAGAGAAAAACAAACAGCUGUCAAGAGAAGCUGGACCCCAGAAGAGUGUGCUGCAGUGGACAAACAUUUGAGGAGAUUUAUCGUGAGGAGUCAAGUUCCUGGUAAAGAAGAGUGUCAGCGCUGUAUUACUGCUGCACCUGAAGCUCUCAGAAACAGAGACUGGAAAGCUGGUAAAUAUUAUGUUAAAAAUCGCAUUACAGCCCUGAGAAGAAAAGUAGUAUGAAAGCACCUAAUUGAACGGAGGUAAAAGCAAAACAUUGGAUGUCAAAAUGUUUUGUCCUUUGUUGUGUUUGUUGUUACUUUUUGUUGUUUUUGUAAGGGUUUGCUCAGGUUUUAUGGCUGUUCCGUUGUGUACAAAUAAAAACAUUUCACAGGUUUUUUUUGUAUAUUUUUUACACCUGUAAUAACAAGGCAUUUUGAAUGCAGUCCAAUGAAACGCAUAAUUUCAAUGCCAAUGUAACAAAAAAUGUUGGGUUUGCAUAGAACUUCAAACUGAUAUUGUUAAAACAUUCAGUGGAGAUUAGAUUAAUGAUUUAAUAAUUAAAAAAAUCACAAGCAUAUGGCAUAAAAUGUAAUUAAAUUGGUCAUUUCAAUUUUGUUAUUAAACUGUCUUUGAAGCUGAA